AUGGUAACCUUCCAGAGUGGUGCCUUGAGCAAGUUGUGCUCCAAGGAUCAGCAAGAACUUUUAGAUGCCAUCGAUCGUCUCCGUCUGGAGGGCAUCAACAACUAUGUCUCAUUGCCGCAAAUCAUUGUCUGCGGUGAUCAGUCAUCCGGCAAAAGCUCUGUCCUGGAGGCCAUCUCUGGCGUCGCUUUUCCUAUCAAGGCGAACUUGUGCACUCGCUUUCCCACGGAAGUUGUUUUGCGCCGCACCCUCGACAUAAGCGCCCACGUUUCCAUUGUACCUCAUGAAGAUGCCAACGCGACUGAGCAAAAGGCCCUAUUUGCCUUCAAGGAGAAGAUGACCUCCUUCGACCACCUGCCGGAUAUUAUCGAGAAGGCCAAGAACUACAUGGGAAUCUCCACGACACAAGGCAAGGCGUUUUCCAAUCAUCGCCUUCGCGUUGAGAUCACUGGUCCCGAUCGUCCACACCUUACUAUCGUUGAUCUUCCCGGUCUCAUACAUUCGGAAACGAAGAACCAAACUGCCGCAGAUGUCCAGCUGAUCCAAAACGUCGUCCGGUCUUACAUGAACGAAUCCAGGAGUAUCAUCUUAGCAGUCGUCUCGGCAAAAAACGACUUCGCAAACCAGGUGGUGUUGAAGUUGGCUCGCGCGGCCGACCCCCCCGGUCAUCGCACUCUCGGUAUCAUCACCAAGCCUGAUGCGUUACAUCCUGGGUCCGAGAGUGAAAAGCAGUACGUCGACCUUGCCAAGAAUCAGGAAGUCGAAUUUCGUCUUGGGUGGCAUGUACUCCGGAACAAGGAUUCCGAUAAGGAAGCCAAGAACGUUGUCGACCGUGACACCAUGGAGCAACAGUUCUUCACUCAGGGCGCCUGGACUGAGCUCCCGCUCGCCCAUCUUGGCAUUGACAAACUUCGUGAGAGACUGAGCAAGGUUUUACUCAAACAAAUUGCCUCUGAGCUUCCCAAUGUGAUGGAGGAGAUCGAGGCCAAGUUUGAGGCAUGCAAUGCUCAGAUUCAGAAGCUCGGUGAUCCUAGGGCGAAGGAGGCUGAACAGCGUCUCUACAUGUACACGCUUAGCCAGUCUUUCCAGUCCCUUGUGAAGGCUGCUGUGGAUGGUACUUACAACCACGACUUCUUCAAGGACGCCAAGACCGACACUGGUUAUAGACAGCGAAUCCGAGCCGUGGUACAAACUCUCAAUGAGAGAUUCGCCGACGAGAUUGCGUCCCGCGGUCAUCACUAUGCAAUCGAGACGUACCAUUCCCGCGUCGUUGGUGACAAGAUGGUCUUGAUUUCUGAAGAGAAGUUCAUCGAGCAUAUUGAGUGUCUCCUGAAGCGUACUAAAGGUCGGGAGCUGCCGGGUACCUUCAACCCUAUGAUUGUUUCGGACCUUUUUCUCGAGCAAGCACGGCCGUGGGGUGAUUUGGCUCGUGAACAUGUCCAAAGAGCUUGGGAGGCUGCUAAUCAAUUUUUUGAUCUCAUCAUUGCCCAUAUUGCGGACGCUUCGACCUUGAAGACCCUGAAGAAGGAAAUCUUUGGACCGUUUAUGGACGAGAUUCUGGCUGAUAUGAUGGAGAAGGCCAGCGAGCUUCUGAUACCGCACCAGAGUGGCCAUCCUAUCACCUAUAACCAGUCCUUCACAGAUGCGCUCCAUACGGCCCGAGAGGAGCAAUCGAAGAAGAGGCUGGAAAAGGCAGUACGCUCAUUCUUCGGCAAUCAGUGCACAGAAACAGACAUUCAUCACCCAACAAAUGGGUAUUGUUCCAACUGUCGAAAAAAUUCCUCGGGUCACAGUGGAACCAACAUCAAGGAAUUCGUGGAUGCACUAGCACGCACUGAACAGAAUCCGGAACGUUUUGCGGCCCAAGAAGCCUUGAGUUGCCUCAACGCCUACUACACGGUAGCAAUGAAGCGUUUCAUCGACGAUGUAGCCGCCCAGGUGAUCGAAGAUAAGCUGAUUGACCCUCUUGAGAGUAUCCUGUCUCCCGUCUCAAUCUUCGGAAUGGACUCCAAGCAGAUCGCCAUCAUCGCCGGAGAAUCCGAGGAUAGCCGUAUUGAACGAGAACAGCUAAACAAGCAGCUUACGGUGCUCCAGAAGGGUAUGGACACGUGUAAGCGCUUUACCGGGAUGAAGUUUACUGGUAACUCGCUGUUUGUCUCCUCAACUUCCGACACCGGUUCCGCGUCUGGAGCUCAAAAGAUGCCUAGCCCAAUGGGUGGUGCAGGCAAGCGCAAGACCAAAGCGCAGAAAGACGAAAAAAAGCAGCCACAGAACGCAGGGGUAUAG